AUGAUAGAACUACCAUCAAUCACCCUAGACACAACUCUCACAGACCUCUAUCGCCGCGCAAACCCCCAAAAUGCAGACAAGCGCAUCGCCCAAGUCUUAUGUCUCAUCAACUCCGGCUCAGAACUCAACCCCAACGUUCCACGCAACGCAAAAUACCUUUACCAAGACAGCCCCUUCAACGCAGUUCCACAAGAUCCAUCCAGCAGCAGACUGCCAGGUGAUGAUGGCGGAAGACAGCAGCAGCGCGCACUGGCUGUGAAAUACCUCUCGCUGAUCCCGCAACGAGACGCCUUCAUCAGCGGCAACACAGCCGUCGUUCUCUUCCACACCAUGAACUCGAAGAAGCGAAAUUUGCACGAUAUACGCGAGACAGAAAAGACACUCUCCGUCCUGUCCAAGACCCAACGUCCAGAUCUCAUCUUCUGCCCCGGGCCCUCCGAAAUCCCCAUCAAAGAAGCCGGCAUCGAUCUGAUCGCCUGUAAAUUGUUCUCGACGGGCUGGAAUCAUACAACAACCUCAUCUUCCCGCCCGAGACACACUGGUUCCUCAAUUCCAAGGCUGGGCUCGCACGAUCAGGCCUUCCUACCCCGAGAGCAAACAUUCUCGAGCCGGGGCAGAUGGUUGAAGGAGCAAAGCGACAAGAUUUACGCGGAUCUCGAAUCUCACCCCCUGCCGUUUGUCCUCAAGAACCAGCAGACCUUGGGCGGUGCGGGGACGUACAUUAUCAACACCGAGGACAAGCGUCAAAAGCUGGUGCAGGACUUCAGGAAUGGCGUUCUUCGCAAGUUGCUUUCUUCGGUGACGGAGUCCAACGCUCAUCUCCAGCCUGGACCUCUGAUUGUCUCUGAUGUGAUCGAGGAUCCCUUGGAAAACUAUGGCUUGACUUUCUUCGUCACAGAUGAUGGCAGUGAGCCGGUUUUCCUGGCUGUAUCGGAGCAGAUGACGGAUGGCGAUAACGCGUGGAUCGGGAGUACCAUCAACUACCGCCGUCAAGAGCAACUGGAGAAGAAAUUUGGGCUGUUAGUUAAAAGGGUUGCGACCUGGCUGAGAGGAUAUGGGUACAUCGGACCAGCUGGAGCUGAUGUCCUGGAAACAACAUCGUCGACGGCAGUGUACUCUAAGACGAACGGUGUGGAGAACGGUGCUUCUUCCACCAUCUCUAAUUCAGUGAAUGGUGGCCCCGACUUCUCCAACUUCCACAUCGUCGACCUCAACGUCAGAACGUCAGGCUCAAUGUGCCUCCCCCUCCUACGAACUCACUUCACCACCCGCGGCCUUUGGAGCGCAUCUUCCUUCUCCAUCAGCUACAAGAAGUCCCGCGACGACUUCAUCGAGUCCUUCCAGAAUGAAUUUGAGACAGGGAGGAUGUGCGUGCUUAGCUGGUAUGAUGAUCCGGACACGGGCUACAGUCUGGCUGACGUGGCUGUUGGUGCCGAGGAUGUGGAUGGGUUGCGGACCGCAAUGAAGAGGGUUCGAGAUUUGACAGAGGAGGUGACCUUCUAG